GACAACUUAAAUUUUAGGAAAACUAAGGCUGAAGUGGAUGAGCUAGCACAUGAAAUUAAAACACUAGAAGAAAAUAUAUUAAAGGCUGGUGGGAUCUCUACCAUUGAAACUGAACGCCAGAAACUAUCACAGGAGAGGGAGAGACUUCUUUCAGAGGUAAACCGGUGCCGUGGAACAAUGUCUGUUUACCAAAGCAAUAUUUCCAAAAAUAAGGUUGAUCUUAAGCAGGCUCAAUAUAAGGACAUAGAUAAGCGAUACUUCGACCAGCUUAUCCAGCUUAAGACAACUGAAAUGGCCAACAAGGAUCUGGACAGAUACUACAAUGCACUUGAUAAGGCACUGAUGCGCUUCCACACAAUGAAAAUGGAAGAGAUCAACAAAAUUAUUAGGGAGUUGUGGCAGCAAACCUAUAGAGGGCAAGACAUAGACUACAUCAGUAUUCAUUCAGACUCCGAAGGUGCAGGGACCCGUUCCUACAGUUACAAGGUUCUUAUGCAGACCGGUGAUGCAGAGUUGGAGAUGAGAGGAAGAUGUAGUGCUGGUCAGAAGGUUCUGGCAUCUCUUAUCAUACGUUUGGCACUGGCUGAAACGUUUUGUCUCAAUUGUGGAAUACUUGCGUUGGAUGAACCUACCACAAAUUUGGAUGGACCAAAUGCUGAAAGUCUGGCUGCAGCUCUUGUAAGGAUCAUGGAGGACAGGAAAGGGCAGGAAAAUUUUCAGCUAAUUGUAAUCACUCAUGAUGAGCGUUUUGCUCAACUGAUUGGUCAGCGCCAGCAUGCAGAGAGAUAUUAUCGUGUUGCCAAAGAUGAUCUUCAGCACAGUAUAAUCGAAAGUCAAGAGAUAUUUGACUGAAGGUCGUAUUGUUUAUACGAAAUUGUAAAGCCCGACAUCCCUCAACUUACUCAUUCGCGUUUUACAAUACUUCUUUUAACAUU